CAGCCAGAAUUGGAGGAUACUCAUUUUAUAACACAUCUGCGAUAAUUUGACUGUGAGAUUGGUAGUCAAAUCAGGUUUCUCCUAUCGAAACAUCAACUAUUCAGGGUCACCCCUACUCUGUUGUAAGGACAAUCUGUUUCUUAUACACAGACAGACAUUUGCUGGCAUUUAUGAAUCUGUUAAAUGUUUUGUCCUGUUUGUUCUGACAAGCAGUGAGUUAAAUGUUAUUCUUGUAUCUGCAGAUAUCGAGUUUAGCCAUUGAAGACUGUGAGGAUGCUGAACUGGCCUAUACCAUGAGAGACCUUCCCCCUAGACCCAGCCACACCUUCCCUGGACGUGAGAUGGACAGGGAGUCAGAUAGCAGCACCCUUCCCCAAACCCCAGGAUCGGCCUGUUUCGCAUGUCCCAGGAACAGAAAUCUUCUCGACUCGGACUCAGAGUUACCCCGCCGUGGUCAGCUCAGUUCCAUGAGUUCACUGGAGUGUCCACUGAGCCCCUCUCGACCGAAAAGUCCUUGGGCCAGAUUUGAUCCUUAUGAUUCUGCCGAGGAUCAAGAUAAGGAGUAUGUCGGCUUUGCCACGCUGCCUAACCAAGUGCAUAGAAAAUCGGUGAAAAAGGGGUUUGCGUUUACGCUUAUGGUGGCUGGUGAGUCUGGUUUAGGGAAAUCUACACUUGUCAACAGUCUCUUCAUCACAGACCUUUACAAAGACCGAAAGAUGCUGAAUGCAGAGGAGCGAAUCGCACAGACAAUAGAGAUCACAAAACACACAUUGGCUAUUGAGGAGAAAGGAGUCAAGCUGAGACUCACUAUUGUGGACACGCCGGGCUUCGGUGAUGCUGUCAAUAACACAGAGAGCUGGAGGCCAGUUUUGGACUAUAUCGAUGAACAAUUUGAGCAAUAUUUUCGUGAUGAAAGCGGACUGAACCGGAAGAACAUUCAGGACAACCGGGUGCAUUGCUGUCUCUACUUCAUCUCACCUUUUGGCCACGGUCUUAGGCCGAUAGAUGUUGAAUUCAUGAAGGCUUUACAUGAGAAGGUCAACAUAGUGCCCGUGCUGGCCAAAGCCGACAGUCUGACUGCAGCAGAAGUCAUAAAAAUGAAAAUGAAGAUUCGUGAGGAUAUUGAGAGGUUUGACAUCAACAUAUAUCAGUUCCCCGAGUGUGACUCAGAUGAAGAUGAGGAGUUAAAACAUCAGCACCAAGAACUAAAGGACUGUAUUCCAUUUACAGUGAUUGGCAGUAACAUUCAGGUUGAGAGCAAUGGCAGGCGUUUCAGAGGGCGCCAAUAUCCAUGGGGUGUGGUGGAAGUGGAGAACCCCAGUCACUCAGAUUUCUUAAAGCUGAGGAACAUGUUGGUGCGCACACACAUGCAGGACCUGAAGGAUGUGAUGCGGGAAACACAUUAUGAAAAUUAUCGCGCUCAGUGCAUCCAGAAAAUGACCCAAAUGGUGGUGAGGGAAAGGAAACGCAGUCUUUGUAACCGGCUGAGAGACAGUGCUUCCGACCUGCCUAUACCUCUGGUACCAGUGGACAGUGAAACUGAACGUCUCAUUUGGGAAAAGGAUGAGGAGCUGCGGCAAAUGCAGGAGGUUUUGCAAAGGAUUCAAGAACAGAUGCAUCAUGGACAUUAAAACAACACUGCAAAUCUAAGGCAACAGAUUUAUCUAUUAAUUUCAAUAUGGUCAUGAUGGACAUAUGUUUAGAGAUGUGUAGGUUCAACAUGCAGGUAAAAUCUUUUUUUGUGAACU